AUGGCCAUCCAAAGCUCCCCAACCAAGAGGCUGACCCUUAGUGAGAUCUACCAGUUCCUCCAGAGCAGGUUCCCUUUCUUCAGGGGCUCCUAUCAGGGCUGGAAGAAUUCUGUGAGGCACAACUUGUCCCUCAAUGAGUGCUUCAUCAAGCUGCCCAAGGGGUUGGGCAGGCCAGGCAAAGGGCACUACUGGACCAUUGACCCAGCCAGCGAGUUCAUGUUUGAGGAAGGAUCCUUCAGGAGAAGGCCCAGAGGCUUCAGGAGGAAUGCCAAGCCUUGA